GCACCUGUAUAUCUAAAUAUACCUCGUAUAUCCGAAUUGUGAGAUUUUAACAUUUUUCUUCUAAUGUCAUAUAUGGGAAGGCUUGUUAUUUAUCAAAAAUGUUUUGCGUUAUGUAGAGAACAUAUUUUUUUUUUCUAUGAAAACAUGUGACAAAAAAACUGUUUUUAAUCGGUUGGAAACUGGGAUGUGAUGAAACGCAUGUAGAUCUAUUGAACUGGGACACUCGCGGUGUUAAAAAAUGAGUUUUUGUGGUUCCAGAGAAGGUUCGCUUAGUGUUAAGGAAGGAGUGCUUAGGAAUAAAUGCUUUGUAGAUGUCAUGAAUAUUAUCCCACAUGGUUUGUUCAUCGUAACAAGCAUUUUCAUUUUGAUAGCAUGGAGGGAGUCUAUCAUGGGCCGGCUAAAGGCAAAAACCUGGGUCCACUUCAGGUGCCAUUCAUUGCGAUGGAUUUUAACACUUAUUUUAAUAUUGAUCAAUGCUAUAGAAAUUGCUGAGGGUUUUGUCUCUGAUUUUAUAGACCCAGAUAGUGCAAACUUUCAUGUUAUUGUUCCACCAUGUUUUUCACUAGUGAGCACAAUUUUAACGAUAGUUCUGUAUCAUAAUAUAGAGAUGUGGAAUUCACCAAGAUUCUUAUUGAUUUUGAUACCAUACUGGAUUAGUGCCUGUGGUUUGAAGCUAUUGAAAGCAUUUUCUUUAUAUGUUACGGGGAUUGCAGUUGAACAUCUUAGAUUGUGGAUUACAUGGGCAGUGGUGGUUGUCUAUGGUGCUCUCUUCCUUGUUGAGGUUGCUGUUCUCCUUACUCAGAGGUAUGCAUUUUGCAAGAAACCAAAGAAGAUCCAUGCACCUGCUGAACUUGAGAGAACACGCUAUUAUGCAAACUUUGCCAAUUUUCUAUCAAAGUCAACUUUCUGGUGGGUCAACGAUAUAUUGAUAGAAGGCUAUAAAGCACCACUCACUUCAGAAGUUUUAGGAAGGCUUCCAAGUACUGAGAAAGCAUUAACAAAUUACAAGUGUUUGUUACAAGCUUUUGAAGUAGAGAGGGACAAAGCAGUAAGAAAUGGUAAACAGCCUUCUUUACACAAGAUCUAUCUACGUGCAUUCUGGCCAUUGUUGUUGCUGGCGGGUGUAUUCAGAUUGACCGGAGAUCUUCUUGCCUUUGUUGGACCGUGGUGUAUCGAGAGCAUCGUGGAUUAUGCCUAUGCACAGACUGAAGCAGACACAAAAAACAUGUCCGCUAACACGAAUACAAUCACAUAUUCACCCGUAUCAAGUAGUAACGUGACGGUCAACCAGACAGAAGAUAAGCCGAUAGAGUACUAUGUAACGGUUGGUACAUUUGCUACCAAUGGAUAUUGUCUGUGCAUGGUGCUGUUUUUAGCUACUAUAGUACAACAUACCUUGUUACAGAACCACCAUUAUUUCGUUAUAAGACAGGGAAUUAGACUGAGGUCAGCUAUCCAGACUAUGGUAUAUAGUAAAGCACUAAGGUUGUCCACUCUUACUAUAACAAAUGGGAAAACAACGAUAGGCCAGAUAGUGAACCAUAUGUCAAUGGAUUCUACAUUUCUUAUGAUGCAGUUCUUCUUUAUACAUUACAUCUGGGCCACUCCUGUACAGGUUGCUAUAGCGAUGUUACUGAUGUAUUUCAAGCUGGGUAUCAGUGCUGUGUUAGGGGGGCUACUGAUUAUACUGUCUGCCCCAGCACAAGUAUAUGUUGGUCGAGGAAUGUCAUCAUCUCAGAAAAAAGUCAUGCAACGAGCAGAUGUGCGUGUAAAACGCUGCAACGAAAUGGUACAAGGAAUCAAGGUGAUAAAGUUGCUGGCAUGGGAAACAUUCAUUGCCAAGGGCAUUAACGAAGCAAGAAAGACAGAGUUAAAGUUCCUGCUCAAAAAUGCAGUCUUUAGAGCCAUGUUUACUUUUAUUGGAACUGCUGUCCCAGCUCUAGCAACUUUACUGACAUUUGUGUUAUACCCAUACAUCGAGGAACAGCCAUUGACAGCAGGGAAAGCUUUAUCCACCCUGGCAUUGUUCAACAUUCUCUAUAUACCCCUCGUCUUGUUUUCACUGAUGACUUCCACGUUAAUUAUGGCUAAUGUUAGUGCCAAGAGACUUAUACCCUAUUUUCUGGCCCCGGAAGUGGAGGGGCUGCAAGGAUUUAGUGAUACCAUCAAGACAGGAACAGGGAGUUUACCAGAGGACAUGACAGGAUAUGAUCCGGAGCAUAUUCAGCUACAUUUGCUGUCUGCAGAAGACAAGAACGACGGCCUGAGCACAAGUAUGUGUAGUUUAGCCAGUCAUAAUUCACAUGCUCCUGGCGGUUUUUCUGCUAGACACUCCAGACAAAAUAGCAGCUCUUCAUUAUUGGAGUACAAUACAGAACAUCUGAUCAAUCCAGGGUUUCCAAGACGACACUCUGCGGUGACAUUGUCUGCGAUGGAUCAGCAUCAUCAUCACAACCAGCACCACCGACGUCGGCACCCAAGUGGCGUGUCUAUAGAGGAACUACAGGAGUGUGAUUCCCAGUAUGCUGUAGAGGUGAUUGGGGGUGCCUUCUCCUGGGACCUAGAUACCAAAGAAUUAACUCUCAAAAAUAUAGAUCUUCAAAUACCCAAUGGAAAGUUGAUAAUGGUUGUAGGAUCUGUGGGCAGUGGGAAAUCUUCUCUGUUGUCAGCUUUACUGGGAGAAAUGUUGACCGUGUCUGGAAGAGUUCACUGGUGCAGAAAUGCUAGCCUUGCCUAUGUCUCCCAGAAACCAUGGUUACUAAACAAAACAUUGAGGGAAAAUAUUCUCUUUGGAAACACAUAUUCCUGGAAGAGGUAUCAGAAAGUGAUAGAGGCAUGUGCACUACAGCCAGACAUAGACAGUCUUCCUGCAGGGGAUGCUACAGAAAUAGGGGAAAAGGGUGUAAAUUUAAGUGGAGGACAGAAACAACGAAUCAGUAUUGCCAGAGCAUUAUAUUCUACUGCUGAUAUCAUUCUUAUGGAUGACCCAUUAUCUGCUUUAGAUGCCCAUGUAGGUAGACACGUGUUUGAUGAUGUCAUCAUGAAGAAGAUGAUGCGGAGGAGGAAAACAGUCAUUCUAGUCACACAUCAACUUCAGUAUCUCAACUAUGCAUAUAAUGUUUUAGUCAUGAAAGAUGGAGAGAUUGCAUGCCAGGGGAAAUUAACAGAGGUAAAGAAGACACAUCCAGACUUGUAUGAAUCCUGGAGAAAAGCUCUCAAAGAAGCUAAAGCAGCAGAGUCUAGUCGUAAAGGUUCAGAAAGUCUGGAUGGCACUAUAGAUCACCUACCUGUCAGACAAAUCAGUGAUAUUAGUCAAGCUAGUCAAGUAUCAGUAGAGGAAGUACCUCCCAAAGAAAGUAAUGGCAAGUUAUCUACAGUAAGUGAGCCAGGGUCCAUUGAAUCUCACCUUGCAAAUGAAAGUGCUGAACUUAAAGAGGAGGAUGAAGACGAGGAUAAAGAAGAAUCUGGUGAGGAAAAAUCUCAGGCAGGAAAACUUAUAAAGAAAGAACAUCGAGAAGUGGGGUCAGUCAAUAUACGGGUGUAUUUAAGUCAUUUACGGGCGUGCGGGAUACCGUUUGUGUUGAUGUCCUUACUCAUACUUGUCACCAAUCAAACCCUUCUAGUCAGUACUAACAUUUGGGUGGCAUGGUGGGCCAGUAAAUCUACAGCGUUUUCAAAGUCUAUACAGCCUAUUAAUUCAACACAGGAGUUUGACAACUGGAAGUAUAUCCCCACAUAUAUAACAUUAUCUGUGUGUGCAGUGAUGGCCACGUUGAUAUCGGGCUUUGCCUUCCAGCUAACAGGGAUCAGAGGCUCUAAAAAUUUACACAGUGCUUUACUCAACACUGUCCUCCAUGUUCCUAUGAGAUUCUUUGAUACAAAUCCGAGUGGAAGAAUUAUAAACAGAUUCUCAUCUGAUGUUGGCCAGAUAGAUCAGAAAAUUCCUGCAACAUACGAGUCAUUUUUACGUUGUGCCUUUGCGACAAUAGCAGCAAUUAUAGUGAACUGUAUCGGUACACCUUUUUUCAUUUUAGCAGCUUUACCUGUUUGUGUCCUAUACGUUCUAAUGCAAAGAUUCUACACUGCCACAGCAAGAGAACUUCAGCGCCUCGACAGUAUUACAAAAUCUCCGAUAUUCUCUCAUCUGUCAGAAACUUUAAAUGGUCUUCAGACUAUAAGGGCGUACAAAGCGCAGGUGAGGUUCAGACAGAUUGCUCUCAGUGCUAUAGAUAGCAAUGUUGUGCCAUUUCUCUUUAAUCAAACUGCGAACAGAUGGCUUGGUGUUAGAUUGGAUUAUAUGGGUGCCAUAUUGGUAUUUGUGUCUUCAGUAGCUAGUCUGACUGCUGGUCUCGCAGGGAGCACAGACCCAGCUUUUAUAGGACUGUGUAUUGCAUAUGCUUUAAUGGUGUCAAAUUAUUUGAACUGGAUUGUAAGGAAUUCAACAGAGUUGGAGAUGAUGAUGAAUGCAGUAGAACGUGUAGAUGAAUACACAAAGCUCAAAACAGAAACUACUGAGAAAGAAGAGUCCACCAAAGAAGCCUGUUGGCCUACAGUGGGAAAGAUAGAAUUUCGACAUGUCAGUUUGUGCUAUGACAUCAACCAAGAUCCUGUCGUAAAUGAUGUUAGUUUUAGCAUAAAACCUGGAGAAAAGAUUGGUAUAUGUGGUCGUACAGGCAGCGGCAAGUCCUCCCUUACUCUGAGUUUAUUUCGUAUGAUAGAGAUUUCGGAAGGAGAAAUACUGGUUGACGGCAAGAACAUCUCUCAUAUAGCUCUUCCAGAACUUAGAUCAAAACUUGCUAUUAUACCACAAGAUCCUACACUGUUUACUGGCACAAUCAGAUAUAACCUUGACCCAGCUGGUGAAAUGGAUGAUAACAAAUUAUGGAAUGCGUUGGAGUCAGUACAGUUGAAGGAGACAAUAGAUGCCUUGUCUGAUAAACUAGAUUCCAGUGUAUCAGAGGGAGGUGAAAACUUCAGUAUUGGCCAAAAACAGUUAUUCUGCCUUGCUCGUGCAUUUCUACGCGAGAACAAAAUUCUGGUGCUCGAUGAGGCUACAGCGAGUAUUGACCUUGAAACUGACAACAAGCUUCAGAAGGUCAUAGGAACAGUAUUCAAAGAUAAAACAGUAAUCACAAUUGCUCAUAGAAUAUCAACAAUAAUGAAGUAUGAUAGAGUGAUGACAAUGUCAAAUGGUAAAAUGUUGGAGUUUGAUUCUCCACAGACGCUUAUGGAGCAGGAUAGUUACUUUGCACAGUUAGUGAAACAGUCGUACAAGUGAAACAGCCGUACAAGUGAAAGUCACACAAGUGUGGCAGACUUACAAAUGAAUCAGCAGUACAAUGAAAGAGUCACAAAAGUAAAGCAGUAGUUCAAGUGAGGCAGUUUUAAAAGUGAAAGAAUCUUAUAAGUGAAACAGUAGAUGAAACUGUAGUAAAAAUGAAAGAAUCAUAUCAAUGAAACAUCCGUAUAAGUGCAGCAGUUGUUACAGUGAAAGAGUGGUGUAAGUGAAACUGUGUACAAAUGACAGUCAUAAAAGUAAAACACUAAAUUUAAAUUUUGUUCAGGGGAAAUUAGCCAAAAAGUGAAACAAUCGUACAAAGUGAUACAAAUGAAGAGAAACAGCUGCACAAGGGAGAGGUUACCAUGUAUGUUGACUGAUAAAAGUAUCUGCACGACUAUCAGCAGCUUGUCCAGUAUGUUUCUCAAAUGUUUCAACAACAAUUUCUAUUUUGUGUUUACGCUCUGGUGAGUGACUAUUUGUUUAUAGAUAAUAUAAAGUUAAUUAACAUUGUUCUGUACAAUAUAGCGAUAUAUUUUGAUGAGUACCCAUUUAAGGAACAUACUGUACAAUCCAAAUAUGAGCUUUAAAUAAAUCAUAAGAAGCUUUAAUUUAAACUAAAUGGGUCUGUAAAUAGAAGCAUUUGCAUGUAGUAUUUAGGACAGUGUUAAAAAGUGUGUCCAUUCUUUGACAUAUACUUUACAUACGUUUCAGCAUUUUUAGAGGCAUUUAAUCAAAUAUUUAUUUAUUAUGUACUCUAAAAACUUAAAAAAGUACACUGAUGUAGGUUUUUUUAUAUAGACUUUUUAUUAAAUCAAAACAAUCAA